UUGGCUCAGAUCUGUUGUGUUUGGAAAUGAUGGAUCUGAGCCGUAGAGGAAUGAAUGUGUAUUGAUAAUAGUUGAUUCGCUAGAUUAGAUAAGGCUCUUCUAUUAUUUAUCCUGAUUCGAUCAAGUUGUGAGGAGCAUUAUCCCAUCCAUCCAUCAGAGGAGAAAGAAAAGAAAAAAAGAAAGGAAGGGAGAGAUGGGGGUAUCAUUUGGAAAGCUGUUCAGUAAGCUGUUUGCGAAGAAGGAGAUGAGGAUCCUUAUGGUUGGUCUCGAUGCUGCUGGUAAGACUACCAUCCUCUACAAGCUCAAGCUUGGUGAAAUCGUCACCACCAUUCCCACCAUUGGUUUCAAUGUUGAAACUGUGGAAUACAAGAACAUUAGCUUCACCGUGUGGGAUGUCGGGGGUCAGGACAAGAUCCGUCCAUUGUGGAGACACUACUUCCAGAACACUCAGGGUCUUAUCUUUGUUGUUGACAGCAACGAUCGUGACCGUGUUGUUGAAGCCAGGGACGAGCUUCACAGGAUGCUCAACGAGGAUGAGUUGAGGGAUGCAGUUCUUCUUGUUUUUGCUAACAAGCAAGAUCUUCCCAACGCUAUGAACGCUGCUGAGAUUACUGACAAGCUUGGCCUUCACUCUCUCCGCCAACGUCACUGGUACAUUCAGAGCACAUGUGCCACCUCUGGAGAAGGUCUCUACGAGGGACUUGACUGGCUCUCCAACAACAUUGCUAACAAGGCAUAGAAAGGAGGUAGCAAGAUUCCUCACUGCCUGUUUGGUUUAUAAAUCAAGGAGGGGUCUGUUUCGCUAGUACGUAAAAAACGAAACCAAGAUUUUAUUAUCAUAUAUGUUUUUCUACUUCCUCUCCCAUCUCAAACUUCAAAUGAUAUUACAUUUUGUACUUUCCUUUAAUAACUCAAUUAUUCUACUUUUGGA